AUGGAUGAGAUACAAGAUCCUAAUGUUCUUGAUCCCAAUGCUCCUGUUGAUCCAAAUGUCGAAAAUGUUCCAACUCCGAUUAUUCUAGGUAUUCCUGUUCAACCAGCUGCAAGACCUAUUCGUGAGGUGGCAAUCCCACUUAUGAACCAUGUGACUAAUAGCAUUCAAAAGCCCGAGCCAGGAGAGAAGGAAGUCAAGGAAAAAGAGGCAAAUGAUGAAAUUUGUGUGGAAAAAAAGACUCUCCCCUUACCCUUUCCUCAAAGGGAAAGGAAGCGUCAAGAGAAAGCAAGUUAUAAGAAGUUACUAGAUCUUCUAAAGAAGGUUCAAGUUAUGAAUUUGGCAGUGGUUGAGACGAAUAGAGUGUCGUUCGAUCCUUUGAAUAGGCCAAUUGGUCCAUCGCCCAAGCUGAUUAUCAGAUGUACAGGUAAAAGAAGCUAUAACAGCUCUAAAAAGGAGAAAAAGGCGAUUAGUUGGCAGAUGUCUAAUAUUACAGGAAUUAAUCCAACAUUUUGCAUGCACAAUAUCUAUAUGGAAGAGGGUCACAGACCUAAAGUGCAGCAACAACAAAGGUUGAAUCAUGUGAUGAAGGAGGUGGUCAGAAAAGAAGUGAUCAAGUGGUUAGUUAGUAGUAUUGUCUACCCAAUUUUUGAUAUCAAAUGGGUGAGCCCUGUGCACUAUGUACCAAAAAAGAAAGGAAUGAUUGUAGUGACCAAUGAUAAUAAUGAAUUGAUUCCCACAUGUACGGUGACCGGUUGGAGGAUCUGUAUUGAUUAUCGGAUGUUGAAUGAAGUAACUCAUAAAGAUCACUAUCCAAUUUCCUUCAUUGACCAAAUGUUGGAUAAAUUGACAGGGCAAGAGUAUUAUUAUUUUCUGGAUGGGUACUCCAGCUACAACCAGAUAAUCACAACAUCAAAAGACCAGAAAAAUACCUCUUUCAUGUGUCCAUAUAGUAUAUACGCAUUCAGACGCAUGCCCUUUGGCUUAUGCAAUGCACCUGCUAUAUUUUAG